AUGGUCCUUAGUGCUAAAAAUCAGCUCCAUGAGACUGUGAAAAGAAAGCUUGAUAGUGCUGCUUCCCCUCAGAACGGAGACCAGCAGAAUGGCUACGGUGAUGUAUUUUCUGUGUCCAAGAAACUACGUCGUGAUGAUGGUCUCGGUGGAGUGAGCGGUUCUUCCAACGGGAUGCCCCCUGUUUCUCCACUGCAUCACCCUGAUAAGAAAUCCUCCAGCACAGAUACCUUACAGCUCAAUGGGAAACAUUCAGUGGGACUAGAUGGCAUUAGCAAGAAGUGUCUUCCAGAUUCCAACCUGCAGAUGAAUGGAGGUGGUGAUGCUGAUGAUUCGUUUCCUUUGAGUUUGAACAAGGAACUUAAGCAGGAGCCUGUGGAUGAUCUUCCUUGUAUGAUUGCUGGAGCAGGGGGUUCUAUUUCUCAGAACAACUUGAUGCCUGAUCUUAAUCUUAAUGAGCAAGAAUGGAAGGAGCUUAUUGAUGAGCUUAAUAGAUCAGUGCCUGAUGAAGACAUGAAGGAUCUCUUUAAUGAAGACUUUGAAGAGAAAAAGGAUGCAGAUUCUUCAAAUUCGGCUGCACAGACUCCUUUGCCACAGGAUAUUAACAUAAAGACGGAGUUUUCUCCAGCCUUUGAACAGGAACAGAUGGGAUCUCCACAGGUUAGAUCCACUUCUUCAGGUUCAGCAUUUAUGGGUGCUGCUUCUGUGCCUGUAAGUGCUGCUUCUCCAGCAGUUGGUAGUUCUCAGGCAAUGUUUCAGCCUUCCAGUCAGUCAAUGACUGAAAAUCCCAACCAGCCCAUGAUGCAGGCAUCAAACCACUCUCAGAACGUCCAGAGGCCUCUCCCCAAUGUGCUGUUACCUGGGAAGGGCACAGGAGGUGCCAAAGAAAUGUCCUCUGCUCAUCAACUUCAGCAGAUUGCUGCCAAGCAGAAGAGAGACCAGAUGCUGCAGAACCAGCAACAAGCUUCCCAAGUCCACCAACCUAAUCAGAUGUCCAGCUGGCAACAGUCUGGGCCUUCUCACAGUCCGCUGGCUGUCCCAUAUAACAUGGAAAAUCCCACCAGUCCCUCGGUUUACCAGCCAGACUUCAACAAUCAGAAGCUCAUGAUGUCUAAUAUGGGAAAUAAAAGCUCACCAAGAGCUGGAGGCAAUUAUCACGUGGGCAUGCUGGGUCACCAGCAAAACAGCUUGAACCAGAACCCUGUGAGUAAUCAAGGCUCCAUGCUAGACUACGGAAACACCAAGCCUCUUUCCCAUUACAAGGUGGAAUGUGAACAGGGAGUUUCAUUACCUGCUCAGAACAAGACUUCCAUGCUGGCUUACAUACAGCAACGGCAGCCGCCGGCGCCGCCUAACAUCGCCUACCGACCUCUCCUGCCCCACAGUCAGGAUCAAAACCCUUCUCCUAAUGUUCCUCGUGUCCCCGUUUCUGUCCCGGGCCCCGGCGUUGGUGCCCAGGCUCCCUCGGUGUCCAUGGCAGGUAACCACAGCAGCGCGUCCUAUCUCAGCAACCAGCAGCAAGCAGCGGUGAUGAAGCAGCACCAACUGCUCAUGGACCAGCAGAAGCAAAGGGAGCAGCAACAAAAGCACUUGCUCAUGGAGCAGCAGAAGCAGCAGUUCCUGCUGGGACAGAGGCAGCAACACCUUCUCGCUGAGCAGGAGAAACAGCGGCACCAGCAAGAGCAGCAGCUGCAGCGGCACCUGACCCGGCCACCUCCCCAGUAUCAGGAUCAGCCCCAGAAUCCCUAUCAGCAGCAGGUUGGACAGUUCACAGGGUCGUCUUCAGCCAUGCCUGGGGUAAGCAAUUUAGGACAGUCCAACUCGAGUAGCCCGCGGAUGUUUCCCCAGACGCAGAACAUGCUCCCCAUGGGGCCCGGGCAUGGCUCUGUGCCCGCGCUGCCGUCGGGCUCCAGCCCGCAGGAGCGGGCCGUGCCGCAGUACGGCGGCCUGCAGAACAUGCAGCGCGGGGCCAUCUACAACCUGGCGUCGGGGCUGCCGCAGCUGGUCCCGCAGCACGCGGCGCAGGGCGCCAACGGGCAGCCGCCCAUGCAGAGACAGGGCAGCCUGGGCCAGGGGGCUGCCGUUCCUGCCGCCUACGGGCAGAACGCCUUGGCAAACUCGAGUAUUUCUCAGCAGCACGGUAAAGGGGCACUGAAUCCGACUUUAUCUAAGCCGCAGAUGGCAAGAGUACCAGCUGCUAUGGGGGCUCAAAAUCCAUCCUGGCAACACCAAGGUAUCCCUAAUAUUAACAGCCAGACGCAAGGAAACGGUGGCUUAGGACCAUUUACUGCCAGCUCCUCUUUCCACAUGCAACAAACUCAUCUAAAGAUGGCCAACCAGCAGUUUGCUCAAGGAAUGCCUCAGGUAAGCCUAAGCACCAGCAGACCCAUGACCUCCAUGAAUGCUGCUGUCUCUGGGCAGAUGUUGUCGUCAUCUUUGGGCGCACAGCAGCGGACAAACCCCCCUGCGCAGCAGCAGGUCCCCUCGCAGCAAGUCUUGCCUGGCAUGAACCAGGCUGUUCCAGAUCUGACUGCUUUCAACCAGAAUCCAAAUCAGCAACUGCCCAACAGGGGUAACCUGCACUGUAGCCAAGGGUACCCCGUGAGGACAACGAGCCAAGAGCUGCCUUUUGCCUACAGCAGCCAGUCGGGCAAUAACGGACUUCAGAACUUGACUGGUGACACAGAUCUGAUAGACUCUUUGCUGAAAAACAGGACUUCAGAGGAGUGGAUGAAUGAUUUGGAUGAGUUGUUAGGAACUCAUUAGAAUGGAGCUGGGGGGGUAAUUUUUUUUAAUUAUUUCAUGGAAUAUAAAUGACACCUGGACCAAAAAACCUGUGGCAUUGAGGAGACUUGCUGGCAUUAGAGGUAAACAGUUGGGAAAGGGACUGGAGCUGCUUCUCAAUGG